CUCGUUCUCUUUUGCUUCUCGCCAUGUCGAAUGAUAACUUCGGGUUUCCUUAUGAACCUUAUGAUAUUCAGAAAGACUUUAUGAAGGCCUUGUAUGAUGUUCUGUCUGAAAGCAAGAUCGGGAUAUUUGAAAGUCCAACGGGAACGGGAAAAUCUCUUAGUUUGAUCUGUGGUUCCUUACAAUGGCUGACUGAUCAUGCUGAUCAGUUAUUGGAUACAACAACUGAAAUGACUACUUGUACAACGACAUCACAAAAAGACGACGACAACGAACCAGAUUGGCUUCGAUCAUUUGUAGUGGAAGAUAAGAAGCAACACCAGCAUCAACGACAACUGGAGAAGAAGCAAGAUCUACAACGACGUAUUGAUCAUGUCCGCUUGUACGAAAAAACGGCAUCGUUAUAUCAAAGAAAAACAGAAUUGGAUAAUUCUUUCAUUCAGAAAAAAUUUAAAAAGUCAAAGAGUAGCAACAGCAGCGACGAUAACGACGACAAAUAUCUCUUGGAUGAUUAUGAUAGUGAGGAUGAUGAAUUUGGUGGUAGUAGAAAUGGACAACGACGCAAAACGUUUCCCGUGGGUUCUUCAAACAGUAAUUUAUCAAAAGAAGUACUUAAUCUGCUUGCAAGUUUAAAUGAAAAGAGUCUAGACGCAUCUGAACAAAAGGAAUUGGCAAAUGGAUUGAAUGGUGCGAACGAUGAAGAUGACUUUGAACAACGCAAGAUAUUUUAUGCUUCACGAACACACUCGCAACUAUCUCAGUUCAUUCAUGAAAUUGGUAAGACAAAAUACGCUGAACAUAUAUGGAUUGUCGCUCUUGGAUCUCGAAAAAAUCUUUGCAUCAAUGAAAAGGUACGAUCACUCGGUGGAGUACACAGGAUUAACGAGGCUUGUCUGGAUCUUCAGAAGAAAGGUACGGAAUCCGAAAGGUGUUCUUACUUACCAUUAAUGAAAGAAAAGGGUCAAUGGCAAUCAUUUCAGGAACAUGCAUUGGCUCAAGUGCAAGAUAUUGAAGACCUGUGCAAGAAAGGCAAAGAGCUUCAUAUCUGCCCAUACUAUGGCACUCGACAAACGACAAAACCAGCGCAGCUUGUGGUUUUACCUUAUCAACAUUUACUCCAUGCAAAUACCCGCGAAAGUCUUGGUAUCUCUCUCAAAGGCAAUAUUAUUAUCAUUGACGAAGCACACAACCUUAUGGAGACCAUCUCAUCAAUACAUACGGUUACAAUCAGUCUUAGCCAACUUUUACUGGCGUUAUCACAGAUAAGAAUGUACAUCGAAAAAUACUUGUCUCGAUUACUCGGCAAAAACACCAUAUAUAUCAAACAAAUGAUCACCAUUCUGAAAGCAUUUGUCAAGGUUUUAGAAAGUAAAGACAAGAAGGAUACCGUUUUGACAGUAAACGAUUUUGUACACCUCACUGGCAUUGAUCAUUUUAACCUCUUCAAACUACAAAAGUAUUUGGAAUCAAGUCAACUAGCAAAGAAAUUGAAUGGAUUUUAUGAUAAGGUACGCGAACAGCAACAAGAACUUUACCAAAAACAACUUGUUUCCAAUCCCAAGGCUAUACUACCACCUCUUCUGGCUCAAAAAACUUCAUCAUCAUCAAUACCUACUCUUCAUCAAGUGGAAUCGUUUAUGAUGUGUCUUACUCACCCAGAUAAUGAUGGUCGUAUCGUGAUUACUUUUGGUACUAGUGGUAAUGAUUCUUCUUCUACCGAACCGCAAAUCAAGUAUAUGUUAUUAAAUCCAGCUGAUGUCUUCAAACCUAUUGUGGAUGAAGCGAGAAGUAUCAUUUUGGCAGGUGGUACUAUGGAGCCGGUCUCCGACUUUACAAGAGGAUUAUUCCCAUCUAUACCUGUGGACAAAAUUCAUCACUUCUCAUGUGGACAUAUUAUUCCAUCCGACAACUUGUUAACUAUGACUAUCGAUCAAGGACCUACUGGCAAAUCAAUGCUAUUCAAUUAUGCAAAUCGUGAAGACACUCAAUUGAUUGAUGAAGUUGGAAGAUGUUUGGUGAAUCUUUGUAAUGUUGUACCUGAUGGAUUGGUAUGUUUUUUUGCUAGUUUCACUUAUCUUGAUACUGUAUACCGAAGAUGGAAUACAGUUGAAAGUGGCAAUAUUCUGGAAAGAUUGAACAAAAAGAAGAAGGUUUUCAAAGAACCUCGGGAAAGCAACAAGGUGGAUUCAACUUUACGCGAUUACUCUUUGCAUAUAGAAUCACAGACGGCUCGAAAUCAAACCACUGGUGCCAUCCUUUUAUCUGUCGUCAAUGGAAAAAUGUCAGAAGGAAUCAACUUUUCUGAUCGUCUUGGCCGUUGUGUAGUGAUGGUUGGAUUACCUUUUCCGAACCGAUUCUCUGUAGAAUUGAAUGAAAAGAUCAAAUAUGCCGAUAGUCAUGUGCCAUCCAAUGGGGAGAAAUCUAACAAUAUGGGUCAAGAAUAUUAUGAAAAUCUCUGUAUGCGUGGAGUCAAUCAAUCCAUUGGGCGGGCCAUUCGUCACAAGGGGGAUUAUGCUUCUAUUGUGUUACUGGACAAAAGAUAUGCUUCUCCUCGGAUAUCAAAGAAAUUACCUGGAUGGAUUGGAGGCAGUAUAGAACAUUGCGACAAUUUUGGCAAAGCAAUGGGGAAAACAGCUAGAUUUUUUAAUGAAAAAAAGAAAAGUACAAUAGUUUAGUAUGUAGAUAUUUUGUAUUAUAGAACCUUAUAUAUCCUUCAAGUCCUAUUGAAUAUCAAUUGAUAUGUUUGUCAAUAUGCUCAUCAUUCCGAUCACACAUCAUCCCAUCAUCAUCAUCAUCAUCAUCAUCAUACAUUUAUUAAUAAAUUAUAAGAUUAUAU